ACCCGUAAGGAUUAACUCCGACAAAAACAAAAAUGGCAUCAGUCGUUGCACUCUCAUCUCUCCAAAUCCAAAACCUCAUCUUCUCAAAACCUUCAUUUUCUCUUCUCAAACCUCUCCGUACAGUCCCUCGCAUAUCUUGUUCUAUCUCCUCUUCCUCUUCUUCUCUAGAAUUCAACAUUUCUUUCGCCCCUCCAAAACCCAAACCGAAACCACCGCCCCAUAUAGACUUUCCCAACCAAAACGACGAAGUUCUAUCCGACGCUUUUGGUGCCACUGGUCAAAUCUACAUUCCCUGGAUUGUCCGCGGCGAUGAUGGCAAUCUUAAACUCCAGUCUCACCCCCCAAAGCGUCUCAUCCAUGCUCUCGCCGAUGCUAAAACACAAAAUGCUAAGAAGAAAAAGAAAAGUAAGGAGAAUGUGAAGAAGGAGCUUGCUGCCAAUGGAAAUUCCAACGCUCCGGCAGAUCGGAAUCUUUCCAAAGCUGCUCGGAGAUUUUACAAUGAGAAUUUCAGGGAGCCACCGCAGCGUCUUAGUAAGGUUCUUGCUGCAGCUGGAGUGGCAUCAAGAAGGAAUAGCGAAGAGUUAAUUUUUGAAGGCAAAGUGACUGUUAACGGUUCUGUUUGCAAUACUCCUCAAACUCGAGUUGAUCCUGCUAGGGAUAUCAUUUAUGUCGAUGGAAAUCGACUUCCUAAGAAAUUGCCUCCAAAAGUGUAUUUUGCUCUUAACAAGCCAAAAGGGUACAUUUGUUCCUCUGGGGAGAAAGAAUCUAAGUCUGUGAUCAGCCUGUUUGAUGACUAUUUCAAGGGUUGGGAAAGAAGAAAUUCAGGAUUGCCUAAACCUCGACUUUUUACUGUUGGUCGCCUUGAUGUUGCCACAUCUGGAUUGAUUAUUGUGACCAAUGAUGGAGAUUUUGCUCAAGCACUUGCACAUCCUUCAUUUAAACUAUCGAAGGAAUACAUUGCAACAGUAGAGGGUGAGGUAAACAAACGGCAUUUGAUAACCAUCAGCGAAGGAACAAUUGUUGAGGGUGUACACUGCACUCCAGAUUCUGUGGAGUUACUACCACGGCAGCCCGAUAUUUCAAGACGUCGUCUUCGUAUAGUGGUUCAUGAAGGGAGGAAUCAUGAAGUUCGAGAACUAGUUAAGAAUGCUGGACUAGAGGUUUAUUCAUUGAAGCGUGUGCGAAUUGGUGGUUAUAGACUUCCAUCAGAUCUUGGGAUUGGGAAGCAUGUUGAACUAAAAAAAAAUGACCUGAAGACAAUGGGUUGGAAGGGUUGAAAUUAGUUGCUGCCUGGUUGCUAGAAUAGAAGCUCUUUCUCGCUGACAGCAAGUUCAAUCUGCUACUCAACUUUAUGACCAAGAAUUGUUAAGUCACAUGCCCCCUGUUGCAUGAAGGUGACAAUUCAUUAUUUUGUGGGUUAAGCUGCCUUCCCAUUACACAGCAUGUCACACGGCCAGUAAAACUAGGCAAGCUGUAGCUAGAGGCCAAAACACUUAGGCAGUUGUUAAUGAUGCAAAUAUGUUGGUUUAACCUUCAAAUUUUUUUAUUCUGAGUAUCUACGUGCACAAUGGAAAUGCAAAUGCAAACAUCGCCAUAUUGGUGAUUAAUUCAUAGACUCAAAAAGUUGAGAGAACCGAAGUUAAAUUGAGGAUUCACAAAUGCUGUUGUAAUGACACUCAUCACUGAGAAUAUAUACAUGUAUAUAGGCAUUUAUAUACUUUUUGGGGUGUCAA